GUGGUCCAACUCUCCACAGCGAGGACGUCCGACUGCUGAACAAGUCCUAAGACCGACCGACCGACCUUAGUGAAGUUGUCCAGCUCCUGGUCGCGCCUCAUCCUUUUCACAUCACCUUCAUCUUCUUCAUCCUCAUCUCCUGCAAGCCGAAGCUUUGAGAGGUCAUGGUGGGCGUCGCUCUCAUCCUCCGAGUCGUCCUCCUGCUGCUCGGAGGGACGAUUCUACUCAACGGCAUCUCUGCACAGAGGAUCAGAGUCCGUCGUCAGAACAUGAAGGUCCGGAUCAACGCCACCGGCGACACCAUCAUCAUGAAGUUCGUGCGUCCGAGUCCCGACGUGAAGCUGGAGGGUUACAUCCUGGGAUACGGCAGCAGCAUGUUCUCCAAACAGUUCAUCCAGCUCCCGGAGAACGGACAGCCCUACGAGACCGAGAUGGACGCAGAGCCCAAGUACCUCGUGGCCGUGCAGCCAAUCCCAGUCAACGACGUGAAGAAACACUGCACAGGUAAGGUGAACCUGGAGAAGCCUCUCCACCUGGUGAUCGGCUCCGUCAGCCCGACGGCCGUGCUGCUGUCCUGGGGAAACUACCUGAAGACGCCGUACGAAGGCAACAUCAUGAACGAGUGUCUGGAGGACGGGUUUUACACCAUCCGCUACAGGGAGAGGAACAGGAAGUGGAUUUACCAGACCUGCCCGACCAGCGACACGGUCAUCGACAACCUGAAACCCAACACGCCCUACGAGUUCGGCGUCCGGUCGAACAAGGACGACCGCAGCGGCACAUGGAGCAAAGCGGUCAUCCACAACACCAACAUGGGCAAUAAAAAUGCACAGAAGCCGUACAAGCUGCGCAACCCCCUCGCCAAGCCCAUGAAACCUCAUGGACCUCACACUCUGUUCCCGCCUCGUCCAGCUCUGCACAACCGGACGCAGCCUCGACUUUCUCCUCCGCUCAAAAACCCAGGUUUCUCCGGAGCUCCACGCACUUCCUUUGCGCCACCUGAGGGCCAGCAGGAAACAUUCCCUGUGCGCGGCUCUGCUCAGCCUCACUGGCCUCGUGUGUCACUGGACAAAGGAAACUCGGUUAAAAACGACACCAGCCGACCGACAGAGCCUCCUCCUCCUGCCCUCCCCCGACACCUACCCACCAAAGCCCCCUCUGCCAACGCCACAGCCUCCCCCCUUACUAAAUUAUCCUCCUCCUCCCGUGGUGACUGGCUUCAGGGGCAGACUACUAAGGCGCCCACUAACGCACCUGAGAAGCCUCAUAACCCUGCUGUAAACGGACAGCCGCACCGGGGCAUUUCCCCGCCCAAACCUGCCUUAUGGUCCCGACCUCGACUGGGAUCCCCGGCUCGUCCGUCCAUAACCAUCAACAAGAGACCCAACCUGGUGGGGAAACCUGGAGAGACAGACAAGGUGAACAACUUCAAGACGGAUAAGUUGCCGGUCCUGAAGUCCAAACUCCCUCUGGUCACAGCCAAGCCCUCCAAACAGGAGCGGAGACAGACCACCACGGCCACGCCCACCACAGCAGCCCCUCGGCAGGAAUCCUGGGAGGACUCGGACCUGUUCAAGUCACAGCCCACGUCUGAUGUCGACGCCAUGGGAAAGAAACGAUUCGUGGCGCCUCACGUCGUCUACCAAACGGGCAAGAGGCUGGAGGAGCCAUGCUCCAUCACCUCCUCCCUUAACUACUUCCCCGAGGACGAACCCAGCGAGACCAACGUGACGGCUCCGCCCAAGAGCGCGCCCUCCAACCUCACCGUGGUAACAGUGGAGGGAUGCCCCUCCUUCAUCAUCCUGGACUGGGAGAAAACGGACAACGACACAACAGAGUAUGAAGUCAUCUCCACCGCUAAAGGACCUGACGGCGAGCAGGUUUCCAUCCUGACCACCAACCAGACUCACACGGCUGUGGAGAACCUGAAACCUGAGAGCAGUUAUGAGUUCAAGGUGAAGCCGAAGAACGAGCUGGGCUCAGGUCCUCCCAGUGAGCCGGUGUCCUUCAACACAGAGUCAGCCGACCCUCGGGUGAGCGAGAACGUCUCAGGGAAAGACGCCAUCUGGACCCAGUUCCCCUUUAAGACAGACUCGUACUCCGACUGCCACGGGAAACAGUACGUGAAGAGGACCUGGUACCGUAAGUUCGUCGGUGUCCAGCUGUGCAACUCACUCAGGUACAAGAUCUACCUGAGCGACUCUCUCAAUGGUAAAUUCUACAACAUCGGAGACCAGACCGGCUUCGGCGAGGACCACUGUCAGUUCGUGGACUCGUUCCUGGACGGGAGAACCGGCAGACAGCAGAGAGCCGACCAGCUGCCAACCAGACCCGGUUACUACAGAGCCGUCCGUCAGGAGCCCGUCCACUUCGGACAGAUAGGAGGACACUCCCACGUCAACUACGUCUCAUGGUACGAGUGUGGGACACCCAUUCCCGGCAAAUGGUGAACGGGUUCCACCCCAGAGCGGUCCUCAGACGAGGGGGGAGCGGUCGCCCAGGCUGGGACGGCGACAGCAGGAGGAGGAUCUUCACCCAGUGCUGUAAAAACAUGUACAGGACAAUACUCGUCAGGGAAUUUGUAACAAGAGAGCAUUUCAAAAAUAUGUAACAGCAAACGUGCCUCGUCUUUACUAUUUAUCAAGCAACAAGGCGACAGUGAUUGCAGAGCAGGAGGGUCAAACUCACGCUAGACAUUUUAUUUUGUGUUCAGAUAAUGGGAAGCUGGCUCCCUGGAUUACUAUUUUCAUAACUUGUGAGAUGUUAUUUAUCAAAAGGUCUUUGAUUACAUUUCUUCACGAGGGCCACGGGUGACAUGUCCCGGGAUUCUUGGUGUGUGAUGAUGAUGUUGUUUUCCUGUUGAUUUGCAUCAUAGAGUUCAACUGUAGAGUGAGACGUGUGACACCCGUCCUGCUCCACACUCACAGGAACUGUCUGCUGCUGGUGGCUGAGACCAGCUCACCCAGGUGGACUCGCUGGAUUUUAUUGUUCUUAUUCUGCCUCAUGGAUGUCACAUGUACAUUCACUCAAGACCCUGAAGAAGAUGUAAUUUCACAUGUACGUGACACAUGUACAUGUUGAUGAAUCUCUGCUGUUUGUUGGACAUGGGGCUGCAACCAUUCUCUUUAUUAUUGAUUGAUCUGCAGAUUAUUUUCUGGAUUGAACGAAAACGUCAGGUGAUGUUCUCUCAUGUCCAAACUCAAAAACAUGGAGUUUAUUAUCAUGUAAAUCUGAUAUUUGAGAAGCUGAACCAUCAUUUCUGCAGGUGGUUGAUCUGUUGGUGCAAUGGUUGCAGCUCCUGGAGAUUCAUGUUGAUCAUUAAACACAGUUGUUUUUGGUGCUUCAGACUAACGCAGGUCAGUGAGACGUGGACACAGCGGGGGCCUGCAGCCUCACACAGGAAAGCAGCUGUAUAGCACCAGGCUUCUACACUUGCAAUUUGCACAACAGAAAUGUAUUUAUAUGUAUAUGGAGAGAACGUAUUUUUUCAAUACAUUUUUGCAGAUGCAUUUCCCUCACCUUGGCCUUUGUUUACUGUACUAUAAUGUGCUCCUCCUCUUCCUCUUCCUCUUCUUCUUCUUCUCUCCCCAUGCUGAAGCAGAUCAAUCAAAAAGAAUACUGAACGAAGCCCUUUCUUUAUUUCACCAAACAUGAAGUAAAGAUCCUCUGAACCCACUUCCUGGUGGGUGUGCCAGUCAUGAUUAAAGUAGGGCUAGCUAAGUUAAUGAGGGUAAAGCAACGGCUAAUUGUUUCCAUGGCGAUCAGGCUGACUAUCCCUGAUCCAGGUCCUGGAAAGGAACCAUGUGAAACUUUUACAUCAGGUUCUUUUGUUCAUAAAAUUUGAACCGUCAUAAAAUAUCUGGCUAGCGAACCAGAUACUGGUAACAAAUGGUUGAACUAACUAACCAGAAAUAUCUGGAUAACUAAGUCCUGGAUAUAGUCCCAUGGUAAGGUCAGACAGAUGUUAGUUCAGAUAAAACUAAUUAUUCUGACAGAGGUGGAAGACUUUUCUUUCUUCCAGAUGAACAAAACGCAUUUUCCUUGAAUUGUAUGUGACUGAAAUGUCCAUGAAGUGUGGUACGACAGGAGCUACGAGCUAACAUGCUAACUGUGUUUUACACUUGUCUAUUGUACCACACUAUAAACGCUCCAGGGUUAUGGAGGCAGGGUUCACUAUCUAAAGCGAUGCAGGGCAUUUUCUGAUUUCUCCACAUGUAGCUCAGUCUCCUGAACACAGUGAACUUUAACCUUUAACCUUCAGCUGGAGCCCAGACUGUACUAAAGUAUAGACCCCAUCAUUAUAAACCAGGGACAAUUGAAAACACAGGAGAGUGCUGUAUGUACGUUAACAUGAGGCUGUGCUGUUGAUGUUUUUCUACAUACGUUUAUUUCUAUAUUGAUUUUUCAACAAUAAAGAAGUUUUGAUUCCUUUU